AUGAGUUCCAGCAUCCCACCUUGGCGUUCUACCGCCUCCGCUCCCUUGCUUAGUGCGUUCCCGGCGGCUGCAGCCCCAGCAUAUAUCCCAGUUCAAGCGCGUCGUAGCCUCGCAAACCACAGCAAGCCAACCCACGGGAUCGUUACUUCCCAACCAACAACGCAGUCGGCAUCACCGGAAACAGAAGACCGGCCACGAGUGCAAUUUCCUCCCCCUGUACGCUCCUACGUCCAACGCUGCUUUGCUCCAGAAAAUCAGGUUGCCAGCGUGAGCAUUCCUGAGAUGCAGGAGAAGUUGAAGCAAGUGAUUACGGACGCGGCUCAAAAUGACAAGCUGGGGUUGAUCGACUGGGACCGGCUCCCUCUACCCCAGACCAUGAUUCAAAAUGAACGCAACAAGAUCUUAGCGAACCCCAGCUCUUCGAACUGGGCGUAUGGUCAGCCUUCUUCUCCGGGAGACGCACGGAAGAGAAAGUCGACUGAUGCGCAUCAAUCGGAAACUGGAUCGCCACCAUGGAGAAAAGCUAACCGUAAUCGUUUUGAAGACCGAGUUACUCACCCUACCACAGAGAAAAAGCCACGCAUAACAGUGGACCAGUCUAGUAAGUCCAAAGCUAAUUUGGAAAUGAGGAGGAAGCGUUUCGAAGGAGUGGGGGGCGCCUCGCCUUCCUCUCCUGCCAGAUCACCCACGCAGACCGCUGAAGCGAACCAAGGCCCCGUUGUCGGGCGAUGCCAAACUUUGGAAAAGAACUAUUUCCGAUUGACAUCUGCUCCCAACCCGGACAGUGUUCGUCCUUUGCCUGUUUUGCAAAAGGCCCUGGAUUUAUUGAAGAAGAAGUGGCGGAACGAGGGCAACUACGGUUACAUCUGUGACCAGUUCAAGUCUCUGCGUCAGGACCUAACGGUCCAGCACAUUCGGAAUGAAUUCACCGUCAACGUCUAUGAGAUCCAUGCGCGCAUCGCCUUGGAGAAAGGGGAUCUUGGUGAGUACAACCAGUGCCAGACCCAACUACGAGUGCUGUAUGCGCAGCAGCUGGGCGGACACCCGACGGAAUUCAAGGCCUAUCGUAUUCUUUAUUUCAUCUACACGCGGAACUGGACGGCCAUGAACGACGCUUUAGCCGAUGUGACCGCUGAAGAUAAGAAAGACCUUGCCGUGCAGCAUGCCUUGAAUGUUCGGUCUGCCCUUGCACUCGGGAACUACCAUCGUUUCUUCCAGCUGUACCUCGAUACGCCGAAUAUGGGAGCCUAUCUCAUGGACAUGUUUGUCGAUCGUGAGCGGUUGAGUGCACUCGCGACCAUGUGUAGAGCAUACAAACCAGAUGUCAACAUCCGUUUCAUCACCGAGGAACUCGGUUUCGAGUCCGAUGAGCAGACCGCGCGUUUCAUUCUUGAUAACUCCUCAGCGGAACUGCUAGAGGAGAAGAAUGGGGCUGUGAGGCUGCUGACCGGACAAGCAGGCACGCUCUUUGACCAGGCCAAAGCCGCCGCUCACCGCGUUGUCGACAUCAAAGGCCAGAUCUAA